AUGAACCACGAUGACUCAAAAAAUGUCAACAACUCAAAGAAAAGAGUAGUGCAAAUAGACCCCUUGGACGUGACGGAAUAUUUGGGGUUCCAGACACACCGAAAGGGUGCCCGCAAACCAUGGACCAAAGAGGAGGACACAGAGCUAUCAAAAUUGGUAUCGAGCGAGUUGGAGAAAGGUGGGGACUUGGAAUCGAUAGAUUGGGAUAAAAUAGCAGAACAAAUACCAUCUGAUGGUUUGAGAAAGAGUAAAGAUUGCAGGAAAAGGUGGAGCAAUUCUUUAGACCCCAAUCUUCGGAAGGGGAAAUGGACACCGGAAGAGGACGAAUUGUUGGUAAAAGCGUUCGAGAAGUUUGGAUCUGCAUGGCUAAAAGUUGCGCAAGAGAUCAAGGGCAGAACGGAUGAUCAAUGUGCCAAAAGGUACGUUGAAGUCUUGGAUCCCAAAACAAAGGACCGUUUAAAGCCGUGGACGGAGGAAGAGGACCUUUUAUUAAUAAAGCAAGUCAAACUUUAUGGGACCAAAUGGAGAACUAUAUGUAGUGCCUUUGAAAGUAGGCCGUCCUUGACGUGCCGCAACCGUUGGAGAAAAUUGGUGACAGAGGUUGUGCGAGGGAAAGCUAGCAUUAAAAUAAAAGAGGAAGUGGAGAGCGUCACGAAUGGAAAUUCUUCAAGUGUGUUGGAAACAUUGAAUCGCCAACAAGAAGAGCUUUCAAAGAUUCGCCUGGAUUACGAUUCGAGAGUAAACGUAAAGAGGCGGAAAACCAACACAGAGAGGGUCCCUACAGCACCUUUGCAGUAUCCUUCUAUUCAUAAUAAAUUGAGUACCAAAUCAGAAACAGAAUGGCUGUAUUCGGUAAACCAGGGUGCCCACGAUCAUUAUUGCAACACCCAAAGUAAGCCCCACAUAGGAACAAUCAGCAAUCGAGAACAAGUGAAAGUUCUUAUAGAAUAUGCAAAAACCAAUGGGGUUGAAAUCUCGAUACACCAACACAUUCACCAUCAUUACUCACAGACUUCUCAUACUUCGAAUGGGAAUGAACUUACCUCGCCAGGGAGCUCCACCAGCGGGACCAACAUUCUUGAACCCGAGGAGCAAAUCUCCCGUUUUCAACACUUUAAUUAUCUACCUCCAAUGACGCAAACACCGAAGCUUAAUUCAUCCACCGACCAACUGACAAAGAAUGAUACAACCCAACAUUAUCACCACCAUCACCAUCAUCAUCAUCAUACAGAGAAGGGAAAUGAAAACCAGUCCGCGCACAGAAGCAAUCUACAACGUGCUGAAUUAGCGGACGAUACUGAAUCGGUGAAGGAGUCAAAUCUUCAGAGAUUGUUGAAUGGUGAGGAAUACACUGGUAGUCAGAUAGCAUCAAACCCAAAUCCCUUAACACCUUUAACACAAGCCGUCGAGAUUGUUAGGGCGGCAGAUGCCGCAACUUAUACUGGCACUGGUAGCUAUUCUAGCAAUGAUUUUGGCAGCAAUCAAAAGAGUCAUUUGUAUGAUCAACAAGCAAAUGAAGUAGGGGACAAUACAAACUUUUGGGAACAGACUAAAACGACAACCCAUCAUGCGGCAAGACAACAUCAAACCAGUAGUGACAGGAAUGAAAGAAAGCAUUCAUCGCAUUCACACACACAGUCUCAUGGGCAAGACAGCUCACACGACCUUGCGCAGGCUCUUGCUUCAAAGCAUCCUUCAUUACACUAUGCUAACAAUACAUCACGUGGCGACCAUUCCAGCUCUCAAUACCUGUCGGGGUACUCUGAAGGCGUAAACAAUGAAGAGGAUGGGGAAGAAGAAGUGUUGGCAAGAGAAUUGGAGGAAACCGGUAUUGACGAGGAUGUUUUGAACUCGUAUGGGUUGUUCUACAAUGUCUACACAAAAGAGGGCUCGACAUUCCCAGAUGCUCAACCUAAUCAACAACCACAACUGCAAAAUGCAUAUGGACGAAACGGAAACGCUUAUGAUCAAUGGGGUAGUGAUUUCAUCAUACCGUUCAAUCCAUCUUAA